AUGACUGCUCGUCUCCAUGGCCGUCGCCAUCUCGCCUCGUGUGUGUGUGUGUGUGUGUGUGUGUGUGUGUGCGUGCGAGUACCGCUCCCGGCCUCGCUCUCUUGUCUCUCGAGCGCAGCGCGUGUGACUGACUGUCUGCUCUCUCUCUCUCUCUCUCUCUCUGACUCUCUCUGUGACUCUCUCUUCUGUGUGCGUCUGUGUGUGUGUGUGUGUGUGUGUGUGUGUGUGUGUGUGUGUGUGUGUGUGUGUGUGUGUGUGUGUGUGUGUGUGUGUGUGUGUGUGUGUGUGUGUGUGUGUGUGUGUGUCUCUCUCUCUGUCUCUGUCUCUCUGUCUCUGUCUCUCUCUAUGUCUCUCUCUCUGUCUCUGUCUCUCUCUCCCUCCCUGUGGCACGGAAGGACACGGAGCAAGAUGGCAGCCUCCAGUCUGAGUAGCAUGGUAUCAAGCUUUUGGAGCAAUACUUUUGGCACACACAAUCCUUCUGCUGGAGCCAAGCAGAAGCCAGCUGCCGCCCCAUCAGUUGUUGCCACAAACGAGAACAUCCCGACCAGUCAGGCUGGAAAUGUUCACACGGGGCCAACAACCUAUGAUCGGACGCAGUUUAAGGGUCUCGUCUUCUGGGAGCAGCUACAGGCACGCAUGCUGCAACGCAAGCGCGCCAACACCUCCGUAGAUCGGUGCCGCAAGGCCUACCUCACGGGUAAGGACAUCAUCUCCACCUGCUUAACCCUGUGCCAUGAGCAAGAGGAAGCCCGGUUCCGCGACGCCACACGCGAGGGCGCGCUCAAGAUCUGCACCAAGCUUCUGGCCGACGGCUUCUUUGUCAGCGCAAAAUCCAGUGUGAAAGCGCUGCGCGAUAGCGGGAACCGAUAUUAUUUCGGGGAGCGUGCCGUUGGCAUGGUGCGUGACGCCCUGGCGUCGAAACAGACCUCAAAUCAGCCUGACGCUGAGGAUGGUCCCACCGCUAGCAGACUGCUCUCUCGGCACCGGCGGCGCGGAAAGCGUCAUGCUGCCGAGGCUGACUUGGUCCAGGACGCUCGCGAGGAGAACGCCACACUUCCAGAGGCGCCCAGCAGCGUCGCUAAACACAGCAAGGUCUCCAGCGCUGACGUUGCACCGGCCAGCGUGAAGGCUGUCCAGCCGUGUCAAGACGAGCCCAUGACACCAGCCCCCGUCGCUGAAUUUGGGGAUGAAGACCAGGUCCCGAGCACCUGGUCCAAGCUUCUCCCAGCAUUUAACAUCUCCCUCGGGCUGCCCAGCUUGCCCAAGGCCUUUGACUUUUCUGCUAGCAAAUCAGUUGCCGCAACCCCGAGAAGCGGUGCUAAUGCAUCGGAGACUGGUCCCACACCACUGUUCUCAGGAACAAGGCCCCGCCUCAAUUUGAAUCACUCUCCUAUUCCUGCAUUUGGACAAGGUUUGGACGUGCCGAUGGCCGGUCCUCUAAGUGCUGCCGGACCGGUCACCACCCCAUCGGUCGUGGCUUGCGCUGCUUCCUCGCAUCGAUCAGACGCCCGCAGCACCGGUCGACGCCAUUCAGAGGCCACCCAGCGUCGCCGUCGCACUCGCACUCUUGCCAACCGUGCCUCGUUGGCUCCGCGAGCCGUGCGUCCACCACCAGCUCAACUCAUUCCCGAGCCCGUCGCGUGUGCACUUGGCGCAGGCACCAGUCAGAAGAUGGACGACCAAGCGGCUCGCAACAAGCGCAAGUUACAGCUUUAUAACUACAUUACCAAGGAUCGUGCACUGCAAGCCAUCAUGCACGAGACCAGCGUCAGCUUGGAGGAGAUUCAAGCCGUGGGCCGUCAGCUCCAAUGCUCGGGGCUUCGUGCCCGGUCACUGCGCAAUACCUCCUUUGGUCAAGCACUCGCUGGCCCAGGAGUGGAACAGAUCCACACUUGGGUGCCUCGGCUGAUGCGCCAUAUCUCCGAUUUCAUGACAGGAGCAUACCCGACUGCUAGCAUUUCCUUGGCUGCCUCCACAACAAAGUUGUGCGUCAUCAAUGGGAUGGCAGAUGCGCUUUCGUGUGUCAGCAUGGCGCUAAGUCGGUUUCCACGUGCCAUCCUGCCCGACGGCGUGUUGGACGUGUGGUACCAUAUCGGCCUUCAUCUGGACCAGGGGGACAAACAACUCUUGGUUAUGGAGGCAUUGGCGAUUCUGGACUCGCCAUCUCGGCAGCUGCUAUGCGACCUACUCCGCCACCUCAGCGUUUGGGUCGAGUAUGGACGCAUCAAGCCAUUUGACCAACUAGAUUCAGCCACCAUGCACAUGGUGCCACUUCUGGCUCAGCGGCACUUUGAAUCGGCGCGGCAGCAACAGAUUGUGGCUUCCAUUCUCAUCACAGCUGUUCACUUGCAAGCCUGGAAGGAUGUCGAUCAAUACUGCAACAAACCAUCGACUCGCGUGUUGGACUUUGUGGCUCAGCAGUCUUUUCCAGCCCUGUGCCCGUUUCAGCCCACUGUCAAUGAUGCGACUCACCACUUCCUGCUUCAGCUCACUGGGAUUGCCGUGUCUGUCUUCACCUGCUGA